AUGGAGGAGGAGCCCCCGCCGGCGGAGCCUCGGUCGCAGCGGUUCGUGUUGUGGCUGCACGGGCUGGGGGACAGCGGGCGCGCCAACGAGCCCAUCGCCGGGUACGCCUUCGCCGGCGCCCGCUGGGCCUUCCCCACGGCGCCCACCGCGCCCGUCCCAUGCAACCGUGGCAUGCUGAUGCCGUCGUGGUUCGACAUCCACGACACGCCCAUCACCUCCAAAUCCGUGAGGGACGAGGCGGACGUGCUGAGGGCGGUGGAGAGCGUGCACGCCAUGAUCGACCAGGAGAUAUCCGCCGGGACGAAGCCGGAGGAUGUCUUCGUCUUCGGGCUCAGCCAGGGAGGCGCGCUGAGCAUUGCCAGCGUGCUGCUGUACCCCAAGACGCUGGGCGGCUGCGCGGUCUUCAGCGAAUUCCUCCCGUUCGGCGCCUCCUUCGCUUCCACGGUCACGGCCGAGGCCAAGAAGACGCCGGUGCUGUGGGUGCACGGUCGAGCGGACUUCCUGGUCCCGAUCGAGGCGGGCAAAGACGGGACCAAGUUCCUGCGGGGACGGCUGGGCAUGAGCUGCGAGUUCAAGGUGUACGAGGGUCUCGGCCACGAGCUGGCACCCUACGAGCUCCAGUACUGCGAGCGCUGGGCCGCCGGUGGUGAGAAGCGUUGACCGUGGCAUGCGGAGGAGCACGCGCUCAUGCAGCUGCGGAUUCGGCUUCUUCUCUCGGUCGUAACGCGCCGUGGAUCGCCGAGCGGAACGACUUUAUUUUUUCCAUUUCCCUUUGGUACUGAUUACUGAAAAUGGUCCAAUCAUGUAUCCUUCA